CCAUCUUUAAUUUCCUUUCUUCUCGAUUCACUCUCACUCACCCUUUUCUCACAGCAGAAAUGGCCAUGGCUUCAAAAAUCUUAACUCGAAUUCUCUCAACUUUCCUCUUCAUUCUUCUCAAUUUUCUUCCUUUCACCAUGCAGGAUGAGCCCUGCCCCUAUCCAUGCUACCCUCCGCCCACCGGCGGCUCCGGCUCCACCACCCCCACCACCGUCUCCACGCCACCGCCUCCGGCCACUCUCCCGCCGCCCUCUACGUCAACCUCUUACCCUCCUCCUCAAGUGUACAACUAUCCUACACCACCUGGGAAUUUACCUAAUUACCCUUCACCACCUUUUGGCAACAAUAAUGGAAACCCUCCGCCUGACCCUAUUUUGCCCUACUUUCCUUAUUACUACAGAAAGCCUCCGCAUCAAACGGACGAUGGAUCAUCGGCGGCUGCGAGUCUUGGAAGAUCAUCAUCACCACUCAACUUUUUUUCGUUUUUGUUUUUGUUUUUGUUUUUGUUGCUGCCGCUUGUUUAAGAUAGUGAAAGUAGUUAUUGUUAUGUAAUUUAUAUGUUUUUAUGUAGGAAUUUUGAUGUGUCGCCAUUAAAGAGAGCUUGGUUUGCAAUUUAGUUGCAGAAAAUUUGAAGGGUUUUGUAUAAAUUUGUUUAAUGGUGAAGAAGAAGAAGAAGGUUCAAGGAU